AUGGUCCACCCCAACACCACCUGCUGCAAGACCUCUGGAGACAGUGGUUGUGUCUGCGCUGCCCAGGCGAAGUGCUCCUGCGGCAAGGAAAACGCCCUCCACUGUUCCUGCAAUAAAGCUUCGACUGAGAACGCUGUUUCCGGCGCGAGAUGUUCGUGCAGAUCCCGCCCCGUUGGUCAAUGUACCUGUGAACGAUCGACGAGCGAAAACCAGCCGUUCAGUGGUUCCAGCUGCCCGUGCGGAGCCAGGCCCGAGGCAUCGUGUACUUGCGAGAGAGCGGAUGCGGUCGAGUCGGCUAUUGAGACCGACUUCACCUCGUUUGGACGGUGA